AUGUCCGAAUUUCAACCAAUUUUUCAAUAUAUAGUAGAAGGUAGAACCAGAGAUCUUGAAGCAUUAAUUCGUCAAUUACAAAAACCGCUUCGCUUUAUAAAAGACACAACUGGGUACACGUUGAUUCACUUCGCAGUUCUAAACGAAAAAGAAGAAAUCAUCAAUUUAUUAGUUCAACAUGUAAGCCAUAUAUAGGAAAAAGGGCUUCCAGGGACUCCUGCUAAUGAAGUAACUGACUGGGUUAACUCACUUUCACCUGAUGGAUACACCGCUUUCCAUUUAGCAAUAUCUAAAGGAAACUUUUCAAUUGUGAAAUUAUUGACUUUAUUAGGAGCAGAUGUAGAUAUAAAAACGCCUCUAGGUCUCGGGUCACUUCAUUUGGCAGCUCAAGGGGAUUUUGCUCAUUUGAUUUCUUAUUUUUCAGAAAUUGGGCUGAGUGUUAUGGAAUGCGACUCUAAAGGAGGCACUCCUUUACAUUGGGCUGCUUAUAUGGGAGCUUAUUAUGCAACUUCUGUAUUAAUGGCAUUACAGGCACCUAUUAACUGCCAAGACCAUGAUGGGCAUACUCCUUUACAUUUAGCAGUGCUUUCAGCUAAUAAUAGAGUUGUUAGGCUAUUACUGCUAAAAGGAGCAGACCGAGCUAUAAAAGAUUCAAGGGAUAGGACACCUAUGGAGAUCGCAAAAGAAAAUCAAUCAAAUGAGCUUAUAGAUAUGCUGAAGCCUGAAGGAAUAUUAGAAAAAACUGGAUAUAGGCCGCUGCUAAAACCUUAUAAAAGAACUGCUUUUCCUUUUUAUUUCGUACUCUGCUUGAUUAUUGUGACUUUGGCACUUAUUAUUUUAUUUUGUGUGCAGUGUAAUUUUUAAGCAGACAAUUAUUAUUUGAGCUAUUUUUUUACAGCCACUUCAGUCAGUGCUAUUUUAUUGAUGAUUUUUUUAGUUAAUUCUAACCCUGGCUAUAUUACGCGACCAAAAGGGAUAAAAUUAUCUGUAAGAAUUAUUUAGUAUUUAUAUCAAACUUACAAAUAUUCAGAAAUUUGCCCAGAUUGUGUUAUAUUAAGGCCAGCUCGAUCUCGGCAUUGUCAUUAUUGUGAUAAAUGCGUGCAGAAGUUUGAUCAUCAUUGCCAAUGGGUGAACAACUGUAUAGGAGCUCGGAACCUUGGCUGGUUUUAUUCAUUUAUAAGUUUGUUAUGACUUUCAGUCGGUCUUUCAAUUGCAAUUUCCAUAGAAGUCUUUAUCGGCCACGAAACAGACCGUGGGAUUGAAGACUCUCCUUAUGAAAUUUCUUUGAUUGUUGCUUCUUUUACAGGUUUUCUUUCAGUUUUGACAUUAGUCCCUGUCAGUUAUUUAUUCAUCACACACACAAAAAAUUUUUGUGAAAAUCAGACGACGAGUGAAAGGUUUUCUAAGGGUUCAAAAUUCCGAGGCGGAAAAAAAGAAAAGUCUUGUUUUGUGAAAAACUGCUACUCAAUGUGCUGCAAUAAAGAAGAUGACCAUAGCUCAAAGUCUUCUAUUGUAACUACAUCAAGUAAACAAAUGGAUGAUUAUCAUAUGAUACUUGAAGAAUCGGGCACGAAAUAA